AUGACCCUGCUGCUGCACAGGUUGAUCCACAGCUGGAGGAGAUGCAGAAGAUCCGCCACUAGGAGACAAAGCAGAGGAAUCUCCAGCUGGUACUGUUGUGCUGGUCCCGCGCGACGCAGAGGAUCCAGUGGCCACCGGUCUAGUAGACUCCUUGGAAUUAUACUUCCAAUAUUGGGUGUCUCUAUAAUAGUUGCAAUUUCUCUUUGUGUGUGGCGCAGUAUUCGUAAGAAGAGAAGAACGCGAAGACCAGAGCUGUCCACCGAACCCCAUUCUGUUGACGACCUCGAAACUGUCAAGUCAAGCUUGCUAUCUUUAUCAUCGCUCCAAGCGGCAACAAAUAACUUCGAUGAAAGCAAUAAACUUGGCGAGGGAGGAUUCGGUAUAGUUUACAAGGGAAUUCUUUCGGGACAAGAAGUGGCUGUGAAGAGGUUGUCAAAGGGCUCGAAUCAAGGGCUAGAAGAAGUUAAAAACGAACUUGUUCUGGUGGCCAACCUCCAUCAUAAGAACCUUGUGCGGCUUGUGGGUUUUUCAUUAGAAGCAGGAGAGAGAUUGCUGGUCUAUGAAUACAUGCCAAAUAAAAGCCUUGACACCAUUCUUUUUGAUCCAGAGGAGAAACUCCGACUUGACUGGGCAAAACGGUACAAGAUAAUAGAAGGAGUUGCUCGAGGUCUGCAAUAUCUUCAUGAGGAUUCUCAGACGAAGAUCGUGAUUGUCCACCGGGAUAUGAAAUCAAGCAACGUACUGUUAGAUGCAGACAUGAUCCCCAAGAUUGGAGACUUUGGCCUCGCUAGGCUCUUCGGUCAAGAUCAGACUCGCGAGUUUACCAGCCGCAUCGUCGGGACAUUCGGCUACAUGUCUCCAGAGUAUGUGAUACGCGGACAAUAUUCUAUAAAAUCAGAUGUGUACAGCUUUGGCGUUCUCGUUAUAGAGAUCGUCACGGGCCAGAUGAGAAACAAUGGGUCCAGCCUAGCUGAGGAAAAUGAAGAUAUCAUGAGUACAGUAUGGAGGCACUGGACCAAAGGAACACUGUCAGAGAUAGUAGAUUACUCCUUGGGAAUAAACUACCCUGGAGCCGAGGUGCUCAAGUGUGUUCAUAUUGGUCUCCUGUGCCUUCAACAGAACCCUGUAGACCGACCUACGAUGUCAGAUAUCAUGGUGAUGCUUUCUAGCGAUACUACCAGUUCACUACCUGCUGCUGCUAGACCAGCAUUUUCGUUCGAUGGAAGUUCUGCAUUUUCUCAAAAUACCAACUCAAGUUUGUACAGGAACUCGUUGAAUAGCGGACGCUAA